AUGUUACUUGAAAAAGUUCUCUUUCCAGCACCAAAUCCGCCUAAUUAUACAUUGAAAUCACAUGCUAAUCAUCUAUUUUGGUUACCGAGAAGUGAUGAUCCAAAUCAAACACAAGCAAUACCUUGUAUGAUCUAUUCACCAAUGCGAGAUGCAAAAUUUUUUAUUAUCUGGUGUCAUGGUAACGGUUGUGAUAUUGGUAGUAUGCAUACGAUAUUAAAAGCAUUCAGUCGACUACUAAAUGCUCACGUGCUAAAUUUUGAAUAUCCAUCCUAUGGUCUAUGUCAAGAGAAAACAACGGCAAGUGAAAAAUCAAUAAAUGAACAUGCGGAACGUGCCUAUUCAUUCGUUCGUGAUAAACUUCGAUGGCCGAUCAAUCGAAUAAUUAUCUAUGGACAUUCGAUUGGAAGUGGUCCUGCAUGUCAUAUUGCUUCUAUUAGACCAAUUGGUGGACUUAUUCUUCAAUCUCCUUAUACAUCGAUAAGAAAUUUAGUUCGAGAAAAAAUUGGUAUACUUUCAUUAUUUAUCGGUACUUCAUUAUGGGAUAAUCUUGCAGCUAUAGAACAUAUUACGAUUCCAGUACUCUUCAUUCAUGGACAACUUGAUGAUUUGAUUUCGCCUCAACAUUCACAAAUUUUGUACGAUUCAUUAAGUCGUAACGAAAAAAAAGAACUUAUCUUUUUACCACAUGAUGAUCACAAUUCGAUGUCUAUGGAAGAUGUUAUUUCGCUUGCGAAAUCAUUUCUUAAUCGAUACUUUCCUAUGACAAUUCAAUCAAUGCCUCGUAUUCACAUCGAUUCAAUUUUAUUUCGACCACCAUCAAUCAUUCAACAUCAAUCGACAAAUUUUCUCACAUCUGCAUUUAGAGCUUCAGCGGCAUCAGUGAAUGCUACUAAGUCGGUUAUGUCUUCACUUUUCCCAAGUUUAUAA